AUGAGCUCUUGUGCGUGCUGGAUUCCUGCUGUCACCUCACUUGGAACCUUGGUGCUCCACGCUCUGCUCUUGCUGGUCCUUUACAUCAUGCUCAGCAGGAAAAUUGCCCAACAUUCCCGUGGGAUGCAGAGGAGCAGCAGCCCUGGGGAUCAUCCCAGGGCUCAGCCCAGCCCUGCCCCGGCCUCGUCACCGGCAGGGGACAGGGCACAAAAUCCCAGAGCACAAAAACCAUCAGCAGCCUAUGCAGGGAGCAGUGACACAUCUUCAGACACCUCGGAGGACUCGGACAGCCCUUCCUGCCCUCAGGUACCACGGGAAAAAACAUCCUCAGGAAACAUCCAUUACACAUCCCUGGUGUUCCCAGGGAAAGGCCACGAGCCAGGCUCUGCCCAGGACUACACAAACGUGAAGUCUGGCAUGGAUUAUGUCAAUGUGGACCCAAAGAAGAGGAAAAUACAUUUCUGUCCCUUCUCCAGCCCCGAGGGAUCCAAGGGCGUGGAGUACACCCAGGCGAAGCUGUGACACCAGGAUGAAUCCAUCACACCAGGGUGAAGCUGUGACACCAGGGUGAAGCUGUGACACCAGGGUGAAGCCAUCACACCAGGGUGAAGCUGUGACACCAGGGUGAAGCCAUCACACCUGGAUAAAGCUGUGACACCAGGGUGAAGCCGUGACACCUGGAUGAAGCCAACACACCUGGAUGAAUCCAUCACACCAGGGUGAAGCUGUGACAUCUGGAUGAAGCU